AUGGGUCUUGUCUCAAAGUUAAGAAAACUUAAUUUCUUCUUCUCCAAAUCAAGAUGCUUGAAAGAAGGUGCAUGUGAUGCAAAAUCGAAAGAAGUAAAUUUAAACAAUAUAAUUUCCAUUGAUACCAUCCUUCCUUUAAAGCCUGUGGCCUUCGAAAAGAAAUGGAGGGGAGUUAUGAACUCCUACCACAAGCAAGGUGGUGAGGAAGUGGACGUUGGUCGUGCGGAAACAGAGAAAAUAGAUGAGGAGAAGGAGAAGCAGGAGGAGGAGCAGGAGAAAGAGGAAGAGGAGAAUAAUGUUAGACUCGCUGAACGUUCCCAUCCUGUUUGUUACCCAGAAGCAAUUGAUCAGUUCCUUUAUCGACCACCUGGAACGUUUUCUAUGCAAAUCGUAGAAUAUUACGAAGGUGAUUGUGUUUUACAUUGUGGUUGA